CUUUAGUUUCACCCACCGCUUUGCCUCAGAAUUUAAGCCCCACAAUCCUUUCUCUGUUCUUCUCAAAUCUUCAAUCUUUUUCAGCUCCCUGAAGAAACCCAGAAUCGGCGAAGCAAAAAAAAUGGCCAGAGCAUUGCUGAUUUUCGCACUCUGCGUGCUCCCAGCUCUCAUCAGUGCAGCUCGUCCCGCCAAGAACCCUUACCAGGUUGUGGGUCGCGUCUACUGUGACACCUGCCGUUGUGGCUAUGAGACCCCCAAGACUACAUCCAUUGCUGGUGCCAAGGUUAAAGUGGAAUGCAGGAACAGGCAAUCCAUGGAGCUUGUAUACAGCAAGGAGGGAAAAACAGAUUCUGAGGGAAAAUACAGUAUUUCUGUGACAGAGGACCAUGAGGAUCAGGUUUGUGAUGCGUUACUCGUGAGCAGCUCCCAGCCUGACUGUGCCAAAUUGUCCAUGGGUCGGGAACGCGCCCGUGUGAUCUUGACAAACUCCAAUGGCAUUGCCUCAACCACACGUUAUGUCAAUGCAAUGCUCUUCGAGAAGGAUGAGGCUGAAGCCGGCUGUGCUGAGGUUCUCAAGCUUUACCAGGAGAAUGAGGAAGAUAUGUAGAGUGUUGGUCGUAGUCUUGCUUGUGCAUCUAAUUUAUCAGUAUUGCUUAGUGUAUGUUCGCUUUUCUUUUAUGAAUUGAUUGAUUGUUACUACAUCUAGAAGACUCAAUACUUCGUUGACGGAUUCUAUUAUAAUUAUAUAUAGCAAUUCAUGUGUUUCAUUUUCCUAAAUAAAUUGCAUUCUUGAUA